CUUUGCCAUAACUUGAAGUUCAGAGAGAUCUGUUGUAUCACGUGCGGCGUGAAUUAUUAGAUUGCUCUCACUCAGACUGAGUCUCAGCUGCAGCACGUAGACUCAGAAUUCUAAGUCCAUCUCAUGCUUUCCGACUCCGACACCGAAGAUAUCCAAACCCUCACCAUCAAUGAACACUACGCAAAAGCCUUCGAAUACAAAAAAGAGCGCGAGGAGCUCGCAAAAUUAAAAGAAAAAUACGGGUCCGAUUUUGAAGACGGUGCGGACGAUGAGACAGAUUCAGAGGAUGCGGAAUCCGAAGAUGAGGACGGGGAGGAACUCACGCCUGCAAUGGAUGCAGCCAUCCUGAGGACGCUAGCAAGAAUCAAGAAAAAGGACCCGGCCAUCUACAACGCCGAGAAUACUAUCUUCGAAGAGGAGCAGGAGCGCACCACUGUUCGUGCUCCCCAGGUGCGAGAACGAACAACCAAGAAUAAAUCAAAACCUCUCACUUUCCGACAAGCAACUCUCGCAUCCGCUCUCGAAGCCAACUCCUCCCGUUCGCCGACUCCAGAACCACACAUACCCACAUACACCGAGGAGCAGCGUCAACUGCGUGACGAAACACGUACCGCAUUCCAUGCUGCUGCUGCUGAAAGCGAUGACGAUGAAUUAAUUGUCCCGCGAGAGAAAACCAAGGACGAGCUCGAGGAUGAAGAACAGGAAUACAAAGAAUACUUGAAGCAUGCGGUCGGUAUGGACCUCGAGAGUCUCAUAGAGGCCGAGAACGUUGAACAAGGCGCCAAUGAAAAAAAGAAGAGCAAGACGAAGAAAAGCGGUAACGAGGCGAAGGGAAUGUCCAAAAAAGAAGCCGAUCAGGAGUUCCUCGUAAGUUAUAUUCUCAAUCGUGGAUGGAUCGACAAAUCAGCAAAACGACUACCCACGUAUAAUGACAUUGUGGGCAAAGCCAAAGACUCCGCGGCUGAAUCAGAUCAAGGUAGUGUCGCGGUCGAACAACAGGGUGCAUAUGAGCACAGCAUAGAAGACGACGACGAAUUCGAAGAGAUCGCCGACGCUUUCGAGACUUCCUACAACUUCCGUUUCGAAGAACCGGACGCAGCUACUAUCAAAUCCUUUCCACGAAAUAUCGCCUCUACAGUGCGUCGGGUUGACACGACUCGCAAAGAGGGCCGUGAACGGAAGAAGCGGCGCCAGGAAGAAGAGCUCGAGAAAAAGCAUGAGGAGGUGAAAAGGUUGAAAGCCUUAAAAAUGAAGGAAGUUCGCCGGAAACUCGAGCGCAUCGGGCGCGAAGGUGGUGUCAAUGCUGAAGCCUUCGAGGAGUUCGACCUCGAUGCGGACUGGGAUCCCGAAGCACAUGAUGUGCAAAUGGCGGGACUCUACCACGAUGGCGAAGACUCUGAUAUUGACGCUGAUCAAGAGAAGCCCGUCUGGGACGACGACGUCAACAUCGACGACAUUAUACCUUCCCAGCCCGCCGAAUCCUCGUCGUCUUCGAAAAAGAAGAAGAAAAAGAAGAAAAAGAAAGACAAUGACGACGACGACGAAGGAGUGGAUAUCAAUACUAUGGAUGCAGAUGUUGUGCGCGAGUACGAUGAAGAAGAAUGGGAUGGCACUGAGGAGAUGAGGAAGCGCAAGCUUGAUGAGUACAUGGAUGAAGUUUAUGGGCUCGACUUUAACGACAUGGUCGCAGGAAUACCUACACGUUUCAAAUACACUACGACUGCACCGCAGACGUUCGCACUCACCCCUACCGAGAUCCUCAUGGCCACAAACAAGGAACUCAAUCAAUACGUGAGCGUGAAGCGCUAUGCACCGUAUCGCGCGGAGAAGUGGGACCGUAACCGCGGAGAACGCCUCACGGAGUUCAGGGAGAAUUUGAAACAACGAGUAGGGGCCACCAGGACAAGCCACAGAAGCGAGGAUCCGACACCGAAAAAAACGGCUGGGGAAGAAGGAGCGACAGAAAAUGAAAGCAGCAGCAGCGUAGUAUUCGAGGAGGAUUUAACUACUGGCGUACCCAAGGGAGUUACUAGUGAAAAGUCGCAAACCACUUGCCCGCAUCAUGAUCAGACUCGUAUCAAACCCUGUCUGCUAUACUAUAAGCUGACCGUUUUGCGCAUGCGUGGACCGUCGUCAACAAUAGCUGCUUGAGAUCCUUCUUGAACGUGUUUGUC